CCAACGGUUACAUGAAGCUGCGUGAAACCUGCUACAAGAUCUUCUACAACAUGAAGACCUUCUACCAGGCAGGCGCAGCCUGCCGCGGGAGUGCGCAGGGCGGCACCCUCGCCAUGCCCCGCGACAGUGAGACCAACGACUUCCUCCGCGCAAAGCUGAACGGGGUCUACAGGUACUUCUGGUUUGGCCUGACCUACCUCCACAGGGAAGGAAGGUCGAUUUGGAUCGACGGCACCCCUCUUUCACCGGACAAGUUCAACGCCUAUGAUCUUGGAAAGCCAGACAACCAGGGGGAUUGUGUUGCCUAUUGCACCAGCACUAAGAUUCCAAUGUGGGGUAACGGGCCGUGUCUGUGGAGAGCUCCCUACAUCUGCCAAAUCAUUCCAGGACAGGGAUAGACGGCGGAAGAGACUACAACCACCAC